GUUAGCAGUCGAGUGCCAGUCUGGUCCGUAGCCACGAUGGAUGCAAUACCAUGCUUCUUGCUCGUCCUCCUGUUCGGGACAAGGAUACAAGAAAAUACUGCCCUAGAGUGUUACUGUGACCGCUGCAGCCCCAACUCCAACUGCACAACAGAUGGCGUCUGUUUCGUCGCCAUACGCAAGUCAGGUAGCCGGCUGACCACUGAGCAACGCCAGUGUGUACAUGAAAACGAACUGAUCCCGCGAGAUCGGCCUUUCAUCUGUGCCCCGUCCGUCAAACAUGACAGCGGCAUUUACCCGAUGUGCUGUACCACGGACUACUGCAACAAAGAACCCAACAUCGAAGUCUUUCCUGAUCCCACAGAAAAGACUCCUCCACUGGGCCCGGUGGCCCUUGCUGCUGUUAUCGCUGGCCCAGUAUGUGUGCUCUGCCUGCUGCUGGUUUUGGCAUUCUAUGUUUGCCACAGUCACAGGGGUCUUGGGGCAGGGGGUGCUGGGGCUCACCAUCACCACCACCACCGGGUACCCAACGAGGAAGACCCGUCAAUGGACCAUCCUUUCAUCACUGUCGGAACAACACUGAAGGACCUCAUCUAUGACAUGACCACCUCGGGCUCUGGAUCAGGUCUGCCACUGCUGGUUCAGAGAACCAUUGCCAGAACCAUUAUCCUCCAGGAGAGCAUUGGGAAGGGGCGUUUCGGCGAGGUGUGGCGUGGUAAAUGGCGUGGUGAGGAAGUGGCCGUGAAGAUUUUCUCUUCCCGAGAGGAGCGUUCCUGGUUCCGUGAGGCUGAGAUUUACCAGACUGUGAUGCUGAGACAUGAGAAUAUUCUGGGCUUCAUUGCUGCUGACAAUAAAGAUAACGGGACUUGGACUCAGCUGUGGCUGGUGUCAGACUACCAUGAACAUGGCUCCCUGUUUGACUACCUGAACCGUUAUACCGUCACUGUGGAGGGCAUGAUCAAACUGUCCCUGUCCACAGCCAGUGGCCUCGCCCACCUCCACAUGGAAAUAGUGGGAACGCAAGGAAAGCCAGCUAUUGCCCACAGAGACUUGAAGUCAAAGAACAUUCUGGUGAAGAAGAAUGGGACUUGCUGCAUCGCUGAUCUAGGUCUGGCUGUCCGUCACGACUCUGCCACAGACACCAUUGACAUUGCUCCAAACCACAGAGUGGGAACUAAAAGGUAUAUGGCUCCAGAGGUCCUGGAUGACUCCAUAAACAUGAAACAUUUUGAGUCUUUCAAGCGAGCUGACAUCUACGCCAUGGGCCUGGUCUUCUGGGAGAUCGCCAGCCGCUGCUCUAUGGGAGGUAUUCAUGAGGACUACCAGCUGCCCUACUACGACCUGGUGCAGUCAGAUCCAUCAGUGGAGGAGAUGAGGAAGGUAGUUUGUGAGCAGAAGCUUCGACCCAACAUUCCUAACCGCUGGCAGAGUUGUGAGGCUUUGCGGGUGAUGGCAAAGAUUAUGAGGGAGUGUUGGUAUGCCAACGGUGCUGCCCGACUCACUGCCCUCCGAAUCAAGAAAACGCUGUCGCAGCUCAGCCAACAGGAGGGAAUCAAGAUGUAGACACAACUACUACACACACACUCACACACACACACACACACGUACACACACACUUCUGACUGGCAUCCAUAUCAUUAGCAUUACAGUAUUAUUAUAUUCAUUGUUAUUGAUCAGCUGUUCCUCCCUUUUGUUUUUGAAGGGAAGUGAAGACUUCCCCUCUUUUUGUCUUAUCCCAUUUCAUUUAUUUACAAACUGAUGAGUCCUGCAGCUGUAACUGAGGAAUAGUGUGUAUGUGUGUGUCGGAUGGGUUCACAUACACACAUGAAGGGCUGAAUGGAGGAAUAAAUGGAUUGAUGGAUCUGAUGAAGGAUGGUUGUGCCUGAAGAGGAUGAUGGAGGCAUUAAAGGAGUCCUCCACUGAUUGUUCUCCAUCCUUUUAUACUACAUUCAUCACUUGAAGUCUCUCAGCUCCCACCUCCACUGCUCAUCACACACACAGCCAUGAGCUCAGACCUCAUCAGGUAAACUAAAGGCCAGACAGACAGCUGGGAAUCACCUCAGAGGUCUCUGAGCUGCCAGAGCUUCGUUUUGCCCUCAUCUUCUCACAUCUUCAUUAUCACCCCCUAAUUUGUAAAUUGUCAUUUUAUUCUUCACUUUAGAGGGUCAAGCUUCUCUUCAGUAGGGCUGCAAGUUUUUGAUUUUUGAAAAACAUAUCGAGUCACAAAAUAUUAAUAUUGCAAAAAAGGGUUGCAGAACCUUGUCAUAGAUCCAGAUGAUGUGUUCUAUUAACACUUUGAAGUAAGAUACAGCCUUGAAGAUACAUUCCUGAAUGAAUGUAGCAUGAACACAGCCCUCAGCUGUUUAUGGGUUAACCAUUACAAGAGUUUGGCAUCAUAGUGAGCAAUGCUCUGGCUGGUACAGCUGGUCCUUUCGACCUGCAGCAGUUAAAGAAAAAAGAUCAGUUAAAACAAAUGCUGUCAGGAAUUCAACUGUUAGAAGCAGAGGAAUACCUUGCUGAUAAGUAUACCCAUUACUUACUUCAUCAAGGAAUUUUCAGUGGACUUUAAUUUUAAAAUGGCGACAACAUCUAAAUCAAGUACUUUUAACUUUGCUCCAUAUUCCCUGUGCAUAGUCUUCAGUCUUUUUUUCAAACUACAGACUGUACUUUCUUGUCUUUUGUAGGCCCACCUCUACAGAAGCCAUAGUCUGUUUUAUUACUGUAAUUCAAGGCAAAUCCCAAAUUGUUGUUAUUCAGAUUUAUAAAAACAACAUAUAUGUAGAAUAUUCUCAGAAAAUUAUUUGAAUGAUUUGAAUUCACUUGUCCUUUGUUAAAUUUUAAAUUGAGAUUGCCUUUAAAAUUUCAUUUAAUUUUAGCCUUUCUGCAGUAAUUCAGCAUUAAUAUAAUUGAAUACAGCAGUUUAAUGCCAACAGUGGUGAAAUUUUUUUCAUUUUGCAGAUGAUUUUCCAUCCACCAUCAGCUGUUGUUUUUCUUGGUAAUUGUGCUAAUUGAGCAGGUAGCAGCAGAAACCUGACAGUAACUCAACUGCAAAGAGCAGUAUUUCUGAGAGUGAAGAUCAGUGGUUUGCAGCCCUACUCUUGAGGGGUGAUACGGUAGAGCUGGGCACUGAAGCGAAGGUCUGGGGGUUCUGGGACAGUUUGCUGGCUGCCCUAUAGGGUCCACACAAAAGGUAGCUUAAUCUGUCCUUCAUCUAGUCGAGUUGUGAGCAGAAUCUCUCAUCUCUGCAACAGUUUUGCACCUGUUUUUCAUUUGUUGCUGUUCUAUUUUCCCGUCUCCUGUCCUAUUGUCAGGGAACUGGACUGGUCAGUUUAAUUUAUUGUGUCUUUUGAAUUUUCUUUCUGGUGGCAGGGGAUCUUUUUUGCAAAAGCAAACUGGACAUGGUGACCUCAUUCAUUUUUGGCAAACAUGCUGCAACAUAUGCAAUAUACAGUAGAUAAAUGUGUCUAUUUUCUAUACUCUGCUCUGCUAAACCACAAACGACAAGAACAACACCAACAACAAUCAGCUGCCACCAUGCCUUCCAAGCCAGCUGUUACCAGAAAGUGCCACUGCUUUAAAACCCAACUCCUCUCAUGUCGGCUGCUGUGGAGUGCGUUUGUUCUUGCGUGUAUGCAGCUCUGUGUCAGUGUGUGUCAGAAGAGGCCUGCAAGAGCCCUGCCCGAGCAUACAGCAAGCUCGUACUAUGCACACCCAAGUUGUAGGGACGGAUAGCAAGAAGGGGCACAGCACACGUCGCAACACCCACAGCCCAGCCGACACUCUGGUGCCAUUUCGUCAGACCCCCUCCUGAACACUCGACCACCUCAGCAGCAGCUCAUCGUACAGCUUCACCUCCUAGUGGACUGAGUCUGGAAACUAAGCUCCAGCAACUCAAACUGUCUGUAGUUGGAAAGACGUCGCCGCAAAAGCUCAUGGCGGCUUUCAAAAAGAGACACAAAGACUUGUAAGCAUUCUUGAUGUCGCCCUAUAAAUGUAAACUCUUGGAUUUCAGAUUUUUGCUCUUUCAUCUGUUUGCGCCGUUGACAGCACAGCAGCGCAAGUCAACCAUUCAAGCAUUCUCUUCUCUGUAGGAUAAUCAACAAAAAACAGUGAGGUACAUUCAUUUAAGUAUAGCAAAUGGAUAUUUACUAAGCCAUAGGUUUUUCCAGGUUUUUUUUUGUUGUUGUUGCAAGGUCUUUUUCUACUAGAAUGUACAUUUACGAAAAACAAAAGAAAAAAUUAUGCGUAAAAUGAACAAUUUUGUCAUUUCAGCUUAGCAAGCCUUAAGGGACCAACACAUAAGAGUCAGGAUCUGCUCUUAUUUUGUUUUCUUUAUUUUUGUUUUUUUCUGAAAAAAGGAUAAAUAUAUAUAUAUAUAUAUAUAUAAAAUUGAUUACUAUGAUAAAGUUAGUCAUUCUAUGUAAACGACAAAAAAUAUAUAUGUAGCACCUGAUUUAAUGGUUUGUUUCAGUCAAGUGUUUGUCCUGCCAAAAUUGCCAUACAUCUAAACCCAUUACAUUUUAUUUGCUUGUGUCUAUCAAAAGCACUUGUCUUUUAAUGCAUAAGUCAAAAACAAGUUGAGAAUUGGAUAAAUACUACAUACUUACUGACAAACAGUGAAUGAAGGCAUCAGGUGAAUUACAUUUGCCAGACAGUGAUUUGCACAAAGAAGUCAGAGUCUCUCGAUUGUUCAGCAAUAAGUGCACUUCUGUACCAUUGCAGAGUUUACCUGUAUGGCAAUUUGGAUGUUAAUGACUGUCUGUCUCCAUUGUUUUUCUGUAUGGAUACAUAAUGUAUUGAUGUGCUGCUAGUUGUCCACCUCACUUUCUGAGUGGAGGUGAGAGCUGCCGUUGGAUGUAAAUAUCCUCAGAUUGCCUGAAUCUGAUCGUUCUGUGCCAUGAUAUUCUGACUCACAUCCACUUCAAAAUCAUUUGGUAAGCAGUCCUCUCCAAGAUUUGCUGAAGCAUAUAUGAGUUGUUGUCAGCCACCAUCCUUAGAAGCACAGCAGUCCACUCCAGUAGCUUGUUCCACUGAUGUGUGCUCAUCAGUUCAGUCAGCUGCUGUAGUGUUCUCUUUCAAUGGAAGGCUGCAGCCUCUGGGCAGUGGUUGAAAACCAAUGUGCCAAUCUGUUGAUGAGCAUCAUAGUUUAUACCCUGUACUUUGAUGUUCACAUAUAAAAAACACAGUUGGAAAUGCAGUGACAGACAUUUUCCUCAACUAGAGUCCCAAGUGUGGAGAAUGAAAAGAGAGGUGCUGAUUUGUUGAGUGGAAACUUUUCUUCUCCCUUGAAAAUUGUCUGCAGAAGCCCUUGUAGCAACCAAUAAUGUAAUGACAGUUAAUGUCAGAAUUUUCAAAUGAUAUAAGCUGCACCUCUAGCAACAUUUUUAAGUGUCCGAUUCCCAGGUGAUGUACCAACAGUAUCAGUGCACUUCUACUGAGCAAAUGACUGCCUGUCAGAGGAAGCCUGUUUCCCAUAGUUUCAGACAGUACUUAUGAUCACAGUGCAUGGUUUCUGGCAGUUCAUCUUCAGUCGGUUUUUGCCUCAGUGGACUGAAUUUUUAAACCAACCAAACAUAAAACCUCAUUAGAGUUCAGACUCACAAACAGCCACAAAAUGCACUCAAACCUCCACAUUCGGUCUGCUUACUCGUUUUUCCAAAGCUUUUGACCAAAUCACACAAUGUUCAUCGGCAGUUGUAGCUCAAUCAGCCGUCUCUUUUGGAAUAGUUCAUUAUUUGAAUAUAGAUUAUUGUUACAUCCCACCUCUGCGAGGAUACAGGGAAGCAACAUGAAGACAGUUGUUUUGAGUUUAGCAAAGUUAUUUAUUGCUUAGUAGCAUAAUUAACAAAGGAUACAAAACUUUGUGAAAGAACGGGGCCAGUGGGUGUUGCUAAAUCAAUGAAUGAAAUAAAAGAUGGCAGAGUGUUCUAACUUGCCAUAGAAACCGUGAAAGAAAACGUAAUGUCCUGCCCAAACUAAAAACAUGGGCAGCAGCACCCCUGCUCAAAGUGUGUCAAGUAAAGAAAUAAUCAGAACAACAGAUCGAAGACUGCACAAAAGCUACGAGUAACCACAAGUAAGAACACAAAGCUGAGUAUGAGUAGCCACCGGCAGAAGAUUACAGAACAUACAAAGACAGAAUAACCACUAGGAAGUAGGAAUACAGAAGGGAGGUACAGAGGCCACCACCCAAACUGUCAGGUUAGGUGCACUUUUAAACUCACGUGUAGUGAUUGCAGCAAUCCAAUCAGUAACAAGAGUGAGCCGAGAUGACCAACAGGAUGUGGAGAAAGUACAGGAGCCCACAUCGAUCAAUUUACACGCAUGAAACAGGGUCAGGAAAACUUCACCUUCACAGCGUUUAUAUUUAGCGUUUAGUCUCAAAGUAAUACCAAGCUCAGCACGGCAGAGAUGGGAGAGAAGACUUCCUUUUAUGUAGUAGAUUACAUGCUCAGAAUUGUCUAGCAGCAACAGGAACAUUAAUCUGAUGUUAAAGACUAUGUGCUCCACCCAAAAGCCAAAAUUCAAAUGAGUAAAUGGACCUUCGGAUUGUUAGGUGUGAGGACAUUCUCACCAUUCAUUUUGGUCUUUUGACAUAUAAAUACUGUUACAUGUCUGAAAACCAAGACAGAAUUGAUGUAUUUAGUUGACUGGACUAAAAUAGCAUUUCACCAGCAAAAUCUCAGAAGCUUCUAAUCUUCACAAGUCAUUUUGAAUGUGGCAUAUUUAUUUUUCUUCAAAAUUCCAUAAUCAGUUGCUACAGGCUUUUUACAGACUUUCUUGUUGUGCUUAAGGAAAGUGGAGAAAAAAGGGCAAACAAAUGAUGCACCUACCCAUUGAGUACCACUGUUCUAAGUCAUUCUUUUGAAUAUCGUAUUCUCAGUUAUGUAGAAAACAAACAGUGGCACAAGGGACAUAUUAAGCUGUGUAUAUAUCUUGUGUAGUAAACAGAAGGAGGAAGCUAUUCUGAUAUUUGAAGAAAGCAAAGUGGAUUUUGCUGCUAUAUUAAAUACAAAAACGGUGACACACUAUGCUGAAUUAAAUGUUAAUUGUGUACAAAAGCGGUAAAACUAGUAGGGCCAACUGGGGCUUGCUAGGGAAGACCAGGGCCAAGGAUUCAUCUUUCUAAGCCAUGUGGGGGUCAGGGUUGGGGAAUUGGUGGUGGUGGGGGGGUGUAGUACAGUCUAAAUUUCCAGAUUUUACAGUAGCCCUUUAAGUGAGCCCCGGCUUGCCCUGCUGGGCCUUUAGGUGGGACUGAGACUGUACAGUAUGUGUUUUCCAUUAGCAGCGUCAUUCUCUGGGACAUUAACAACAACAAAAGCUCAACUCAACUGCAACUCUGGUCUGCCUCUACUAGGACAACCUUCAUUCUGUCUUAAAGUCACCAGCAGCCUUGUACUUUUUCUUUUCAAAACCCAAGAUGACUUAACUGUAAAAAGACAUGUUUGCACCCACUGUUUUUCUCUUGUGGUCUUUAUACAGAAAUGUUUCUGUCUUGAUUCUUUGUUGCCUUUCUAUCUUGUCAUUCCAUGUUCUCGAAUUGACUUAACAUCUCCUAGCUACAAGAGCCACACUUCACUGCAGCCAGUACCCGCUUUGCAGCUCCAUAGCAAGUGAAGCAACUUACAUCCAUCCUCGCCUUUUCUUAGUGUGAUCCCUGUGUACGCUCCCAUUUUCAUCCUGGGACGUGCUUCAAAAAGAGUUAGUGUGACUCGGUGAAAUGUAUGAAUAGGGAUAACAGUACAUGACGACAGACCGUCUUGAAGGCAUUCUGGGUGUUACACAGGAGAGAAAUGAUGCAAGUUGUUCAGUGGAGAAUACUAAAAGAGUUCAAGAGAAAAGUUCAGAGUUCUACUCACGUAGAAUUAAACUGAAUAAUCAUGUCUCUGCAAGCCAUUGUGAGAAAAUAUUGCAAUUCAGGUAGUCUGAGAGCAAACUUGAUUUUUGCUCGUCCUCCUGGCCCUGUUUUCAGACUGUAGAAAAAUCUAACCAGUGAUGAUACACUUCAGCCAGUCACAGGGCUUCUCACCUUGGCUUAACCAGGAUUUUUACUCAAAGCAGGAUUUAAAUCCUAGGUUUAGCUGGACUAUCUUUGCAAGUUUGAAAACAUGCUCAUCUGGUGGGAGGGGCUUAGAAGAGAGAGGGAGGAGGGAGAAAGGCUAAAUAUACUCAGUCUUUUUUUGGUUUUCUUCAGAUUUCUGCUUGAUGCAGCUUUUAGAUGUUGAAAUUCCACAUUUAACGGUGCGUUGAUCUGGCAUUUUUGUUAAUUUCUACCAACAGUCAGUAAGUCCAAUACCAUGAAUGUCCUCAAGGUGAGUCUGUGUGAAAAUGUGCUCAGUUAUUCACAUUCUUAAAGUACUGCCAGGUUAAAUCGCUCUUUAUGUGACAGCAGUGUUUUCACCCUGUGUCUGACCAUGGAUGUGUCAUACCGCUCUCCUUUGCCUUCACAUGUCAUGCUACUUUGUAUGGAGCACCACUGCUAUUAUACAAAGGAUCCCCUUUGAGUUUGCAGAGCAUUGGAUGUGAACCUGUAAAUCCUGGUGUCACUCCUUAAUUUGUGUGUUAUUUGAGUUUGUGUUUGGGUAUUUAAAUCAGUAUCAGAACCCACUGUAUCUCUCUUUGAGAAUCCUACCUUGCCUCUUCUCCUUGUAUCUCAGAUUGAUGGAAGGUGGCGAUACAUUGUUGAUAUGCAGCCACUGUGCAAUUUCAAACUUGAGUCCAGUGGUCAAGACAGUUGAUGGUUUCUGAAUGGCAGUAGCAAUGUGACUCAAACCCAGUAAAGUAGAUGCACUCUGUGCGGUCUAGUUGAAUAUGCAGCCAAGAAAGGUACACAAGAAGCAUUUUUUUGUGCUGUGUGUGCAGUGAUGGAGGGCCAAAACCGGGGAGCUAUCAGGAACUAUGCCAGCAGCUCUACAGCUUCAAACCACGCACUGACAAAUUCCUACAGCUGUGAAUGUAUCGGCUCUCAAUAUCAACAGCCAACCUGCGUAUUUCAGCCCAAAGGUCGUGGAGCAAGUUUGUGAGCAUGCAAAUACCCACCGCACGGGUCUGUCUCUUUCUCUUGUUAUGCAAAGUCUGGGUCAACGUGUCUGUCCACUCAGUCCCACUGGAUCACAAUGGUUGAAUGACCUAUCUAUGCUAGCAGGAUCCACACACUGUGACGUUAGGGUCAAAGAUUAUCACGAUCUCCCGUCAUGAUUGCCCUCCAUCAUCUCAGAGACCUACAGUCUGAUGCUGUUGACUAAAGCAUCUACAGGGAAUGUGUGGAGGCUGCUGCAGCAGGUGUGGGUCACGGAAGGCCUCAGGCUUUGCUCAGCUAAGAAAUCGUUCUUGUCUCGGGUCUGCAGUGAGGCCUUUAUGGCAACAAGGGUAGCAGAAAGCUUUAUCAUAUUUUAUUUGGUGCCUAAGUUUGACAAGACUUCUUUUACUUUUCACCUCAAAUGACAAAACUGCAUGUGAUUGUGUGUCUGCAUUAAUGUCUGCAUUACCUGCUUUAUAGAUGUCAUCCAAAAGCUGAGAAUUAUCUUAAAAAACAUACAGUAAUUAACGUAUUGAAAAGGUCACUUAAUCAAAAAGAAAAUACCUCCUUUUAAAGACCAAUGUGUUUUACCUCACUGUAUAUAUAUAUUCUUGAUUUGUUUACUCCAAGUUUGCAAUUUAUCUUUCUCUUUUGUUUCUAUGAAAUACUUAACGUUGAAGACGAUAAUUUGUUUCUUUUCCGUGGUACUUUUUGUCAGAUGGCAUUGUAUUGUGUUUGUGUUGUGCCUGAGCAGUAUACUAUUCCUCUUUUACCAUGCUCUGUAUAUGACCUGUUGGUUGUGUUCUGCGUGAGCUGUACAGUCAAAGCGCUUUACAAAUGUCCAAGCCCCUUCUGAGCUCUGGUUACAAAGGCCUUGUUCAAUAUGUUCUUUUGUUUAACGAAAAAAAGAGUCAAAGUGAAGGUAGAGGAGGCUGGAAGUGAGGGGAGGGACUGUAAAGCAAAAACCCCUUAACAACUUUCCAGCCAUCCUCACCUCACAACCCUCUUGGAUUUCUAAACAUAUUCUAAUCUUGACUUUUUUAUAUAGUGUGUACAGACGAAUGGGAGAUCAACAUAGGAACUAGAGGAUUGACACUUAUGUUAACUUCUAACAUAGCUGGAGUAGAAAAUGGUGUGAAUAAAGAAACAAAAUUUCAGUACAA